AUGACAUCUAAAAUAUUGGUAAGAUAUGAGUCAGGUUUAGAUACAUAUGAGAACAAUUCAAAUAUUUUUACACCUUGUUCUCAAGAAUGCUUCACAUUUGAAACUGCAGAGGAAGAAGACCCAACCAUAUUUGACCUUAACUCACAUGAGCUAAAUGGGCUAGUGACGUCCAUAAAAAAAAAUUUUGAAGAAGAUGUUCCAUCUAGCCAAUGCUUUAGCAAAGAUAAGAAUAAUGUAAGUAAUUUUGAAGAAAGUGGAACUUUGAAUAAAGACAGAUAUAUGAUGACAAGUGUUAGACCAGAUUCUAAAGUAUGUAACAAGGGAGUAAAUAAAGGACAAAGUAGUCAAAAUAUAAAGUAUCCAAGCUGUAAAGGACUCAACACUCAACAAAGAAAUAGAUUAGAUCAGAAUAGAUCUUCCGAUUUAGGAAGUUAUACGAUGGAAGUUAGUCAACAUCAAAAUAUAACUGAUAACUCUACCAACUAUAAUGUGAAUAGUAUACAAUUUAGUGAUGUAAUUCCUGGAAUAAACAAUAAAGACAACCAAAGAUGUUGCCGUGAUUGCAACUAUGAAGGCUAUAAUAACCAAGUAAAUAAUAUUAAGAACAACUUUAGUAAGGCUGGAAACCAGCCUUCAAUUCAUGGUGCUCAUAACUAUCACGAAAUACCAGAAAUAUCCAAAAUAGAAUAUAUUACUGAAACAAGUUCAUUAACCUCACUUGAAGAUAGCAAUAUGGAAGGUAUAUAUGAAAAUAGUUGUGAUAAAACUGCGUUAUACAGUAUAUAUAAUAAUGAAGAUGUAAACAAAGAAAUGACUUGUCAAGCUUGUAAAUAUUCACAUGACUGUUACCAAAGAUCUCCAGAAGCCUAUAACUACCCAAAUCUAGAUGCGAUGUACGUAGGUUCAAAAGUACAAGUUUCCAGUGAUAUAAAUAAUUUAGAUUUACAUGCAAAGUCUUCAACUUUGGAUAAUUCAGUUGAAAAAUCAUAUUUUUGUGCUGAAAAUGAGCAUUAUAAAGUUCUUUGUAGAGAAUAUUGUGAUUUAGUGAACUAUAUGUACUGCAAUUAUAAUUUGAUCUCGAAGCCCUGUAUCAAUAGUAAAGUAAAUUCUAAUUCAGCAUCACCUUUAUCUUGUAAAGAAAGGAAAUCUCCAUUAUCUUCAAAAAGAAGUUCAGAAUGUCCUCUAAAAGAAGGGAAGUUUCGUAGAGAUGGACUUAUUCCUGCUUGUAAAGGAUCUAUCUAUAUUGAUUAUAUUAUAGAUAUGAAGAGUAUUGGCAAGGGAACUUAUGGUUCAGUUUGUUGUGGUGUAAACCGUCUUACAGGAGUUGUUAGGGCGAUCAAAUCUAUACCUCUUGCAAAGGUAAAAGCUAUGGAUAGGUUUAUGAAGGAGAUUAAUAUUAUGAAGAAUCUUGAUCAUCCUAAUAUAGUCAAACUCUAUGAAACUUACCAAGAUCACAAGAAUAUCUAUUUAGUUUUAGAAUUUUGUAGUGGGGGUGAAUUGUUUGAUAGAAUAAUUCAACAAGGUAAUUUUGAUGAAGCCUAUGCAGCUUAUUUAAUGCGACAAAUACUUUCUGCAAUAUUUUAUUGCCAUGAGCAUGGAAUUGUCCAUCGUGACUUAAAACCUGAAAAUUUUCUUUUUUUAAAUAACCAAAACAAUGCUCCAUUAAAAAUUAUAGACUUUGGUUUAGCUACAAAAUUUAAUAAGAAUAAUACAACGUUAACUACAAGAGCAGGAACUCCAUACUAUGUAGCUCCUGAAGUUUUAAGUGGUGAAUAUGACCAGCAGUGUGAUUUGUGGAGUUUAGGUGUUAUUUUGUACAUAUUACUAUGCGGUUACCCUCCUUUCUAUGGAAGUAGUGAUAAUAUAAUUUUACAGAAAGUUAAAACAGGACAUUUUAUUUUUAAAGAUAAAGAUUGGAAAGACAUCUCUCCUUUAGCUAAAGAUUUGAUUUGUAAGCUAUUAACUUACAAUCCAAAGGGGCGUAUAUGUGCAAGAGAUGCUCUAAAACAUCCCUGGAUCACUCAUUUUACAAGAAAUAACUAUAAAAUUCCCCUAUACUGUCUUAUUAAUGAAACCCAACUUGAAGGUAAUGAAACUGAUAAAGAAUGUAACCAAGGAUUUUCUAGCUUAAACUCUUAUAGAACAGGUACUUGUAUUUCUUCAGGGAUAAAUAUCUUAUCAAACUUUAGGAAUUUUCAUCAAUACAAUCGCUUUAAGAAGGUUGCUUUAACUGUAAUUGCACAACAGAUGACUGAAAGCCAAAUAAGUAACCUCAAAGAAGCAUUUUUUGCCCUAGAUGCCAAUGGAGAUGGAACUUUGACCCCUCAGGAGAUUAUUUUAGGUCUUCAGAAGAGUGGUAUCAAAGAGUUACCUUCUGAUUUGAUUCAAAUACUACAAGAUAUUGAUAGUGAUGGUAGUGGUUCAAUAGACUACACUGAAUUUAUUGCUGCUACUUUAGAUAGUAGGCAAUGCUUUCAAGAAGAUAUAUGCUGGGCUGCUUUUAGAGUAUUUGACUUGGAUGGUAAUGGAAAAAUUACUGCAAGUGAAAUUAUGAAUGUUAUUGGAUGUCAUCAUGUACGACAUGCUUUACAUUUACAGUCAUAUAUUAUGUCAACUAUUGAAGAUAUGAUACGAGAAGUAGAUGUUAAUGGUGAUGGGGAAAUAGACUUUGAAGAAUUCCUUGAAAUGUUUAGGAGAUGUGAAAAAGUGUAA